GCAAAUCAGAAAGGCGAAGCACGUCCACACUACAAAACCCAACCGCCUCUUCCUUGUUUAAGCCCACCACUCCCCAAGCGCACCACUCGCUCCACUUCUCCACUCUCCCUCCCCCACACCAUGGCCAUGACUCCCCUGCUCCUCCUCCUCUGCCUCGUCACCCUCGUCGCCGUCCCCACCACCGUCGCCGCAUCCCUCCCCGCCGACUUCUACCGCCUCCUGGCCACCAAAGCCGCUCUCUCCGACCCCACCUCCGCGCUCGCACCAUGGGACCAAUCCCUCCCCCCAUGCCGCUGGCCGCACGUCCACUGCCUGUCCUCCUCCGAUAACCCGUCCGUCGCCUCGCUCCUCCUCUCCAACCUCUCCCUCGCCGGCGAAUUCCCGGCCCAGCUCUGCUGGCUGACUUCCCUCGUCCGCCUCGACCUCUCCUACAACUCGCUCAUCGGGCCCCUCCCUCCCUGCCUCGCCGCGCUGCCGUCGCUGAGGCACCUGGACCUCUCCGGAAACGCCUUCUCCGGGGAGGUCCCGAGGAGCUACGGCCAAGGGUUCACCUCUCUCCUUUCGCUAAACCUCGCCGGAAACGAUCUCUCCGGCGGUUUCCCCGCGUUCUUGGCGAAUGUCAGCACCCUCGAGGAGCUCCUGCUCGCCUACAACCCCUUCGCGCCGUCGCCGCUGCCCGACGAUAUCGCGGCUGGAUUGCCGCGCCUCCGCGUUCUGUGGCUGGCAUCGUGCGGCCUCGUCGGCAAGAUUCCGUCUUCCAUCGGGAACCUCAGGAGCCUCGUCAACCUCGACCUCUCCACCAACAACCUCACCGGCGAGAUCCCCAAGACCGUCGGGAACUUGGAGAGCGUCGUCCAGAUCGAGCUCUACUCCAACAAGCUCUCCGGGAGGCUGCCUGCGGGGCUGGGCGGCCUCAAGGAGCUGCGGUUCCUCGACGCGGCCAUGAACCCGCUCUCCGGCGAGAUACCGGCGGACCUCUUCCUCGCGCCCAAGCUGGAGAGCCUGCACCUGUACGAGAACGAGCUGUCAGGCACCGUGCCGUCGACGCUGGGGAACGCCACUGCGUUGAACGACCUGAGGCUGUUCACCAACCGCCUGGUCGGGGAGCUGCCGCCCGAGUUCGGGAAGGGCUGCCCGCUGGAGUUCCUCGACCUGUCAGAUAACAGGAUUUCCGGCCGCAUUCCGGCGACGCUGUGCAGCGCCGGGAAGCUGGAGCAGCUCCUGAUACUGAACAACGAGCUCGUCGGUCCGAUCCCUGCUGAGCUGGGGGAAUGCCGGACGCUGACGCGUGUGCGGCUGCCCAACAAUCGGCUGUCCGGAGCCGUGCCGCUGGACAUGUGGGGUCUGCCACACCUGUACCUUCUCGAGCUGGCCGGCAACGCUCUGUCCGGCACCGUGGGGCCAGCCAUUGCCUUGGCGCAGAACCUGUCGCAACUGCUGAUAUCCGACAACAACUUCGCCGGCGUGCUGCCGGCGCAGAUAGGCACCCUCACAAGCCUGGUCGAGCUGUCCGCCUCCAACAACGGGUUCUCUGGUCCUCUGCCGGCGUCGCUCGCCGAUGUGUCCACGCUCAGCCGGCUUGACUUAAGGAACAAUUCCUUCUCCGGCGAGCUUCCGCACGGUAUUCGACGGUGGCAGAAGCUCACACAGCUCGACCUUGCGGAGAACCGCCUCACCGGGAACAUCCCGCCAGAGCUUGGGGAGCUCCCCGUGCUGAACUCGCUCGACCUGUCUAACAAUGAGUUCACCGGCAACGUGCCAGUGCAGCUGGAGAACCUUAAGCUGAGCCUGUUCAACCUGUCCAACAACCGGCUCACCGGCAACUUGUCUCCUAUGUUCGCCGGCGACAUCUACGAUGACAGCUUCCUCGGCAACCCGUCUCUCUGCCGCAAGGCAUGCCCCAGCGGGCGCAGAGCCGCCGCCGGCCGCCGCGGUCUCGUCGGGAGCGUUGGGUCCGUUCUCACAAUUGCCGGUGUCAUCCUCAUCCUUGGCGUCGCCUGGUUCUGGUACAAGUACCGGAGCCAGUAUAAGAAGCGCGGCGCGGAGGCCGGCGGCAAGAAGUGGGUAGUGACGUCGUUCCACAAGGUGGAGUUCGAGGAGGAGGACAUCCUGACCUGCCUCGACGACGAGGACAACGUGGUCGGGACGGGCGCGGCGGGCAAGGUGUACAGGGCCGUCGUCGGCCGUGGAGGCGGCGCCGAUGACGACGUCGUGGCCGUUAAGAAGCUGUGGGGAGUCGCCGGUGCCGCGGCAAGGAAGGACAAGGACGGCAAGGCCGUGAUGAAGGACACAUUCGAGGCGGAGGUCACGACGCUGGGCAGGAUCCGGCACAAGAACAUCGUGAAGCUCUGGUGCUGCCUUCGCAGCGGCGACCGCGGGCUGCUGGUCUACGAGUACAUGCCCAACGGCAGCCUGGGCGACCUCCUCCACGGCGGCAAGGGCAGCCUCCUGGACUGGCCGAUGAGGUACAGGAUCAUGGUCGACGCCGCCGAGGGGCUCUCCUACCUGCACCACGACUGCGCGCCGCCCAUAGUGCACCGGGACGUCAAGUCCAACAACAUCCUGCUGGACGCCGAGUUCGGCGCCAAGGUCGCCGACUUUGGUGUCGCCAUGGUCAUCGGCGACGGCCCGAACGCCGUGUCAGCCAUCGCCGGCUCGUGCGGCUACAUUGCUCCCGAGUACUCGUACACGCUGCGCAUCACCGAGAAGAGCGACGUGUACAGCUUCGGCGUGGUGAUGCUGGAGCUUGUGACCGGCAAGAAGGCCGUCGGGCCGGAGCUCGGCGACAAGGACCUGGUGAGUUGGGUCCGCGGCAGCAUCGAGCAGAACGGAGUAGACUCCGUGCUCGACCCGAGGCUCGCCGGCGAGUCCAGGGACGAGAUGCGCAAGGUCCUCAACGUCGCCCUGCACUGCUCGUCCAGCCUCCCGAUCAACCGCCCGUCGAUGAGGUCCGUCGUGAAGCUCCUGCUCGAGGUCCUGCCAGACUGCAAGCCCGCCGUGGUCGACGAGAAGGAAUCUAUUGAUGUCUGAUCGAUGCUGCACCUGCAUGUCCGGCUUAAUUAGCAUCGUCACACACUCACACUUACGAUGCCGAGUGCUAGCUCUGAUAUCUUAGUUACAACCCUACCUGUAGCAGCUUAAUUAGCAAGUGGACUCCAACAGCGAGGUUGAUCUAUGCAAUGUAGGCCUACUUAAUCUAACAUACCCAAGUACUUCAUCCAUUUCAUAUUAGUUGACAUUGAUUUAGUACAAAAUUAUACUACACCAGCAGCAAACUAAUUUGAAACGAAGGAAGUACUAGGUACCUCAAAUUCAAUAGCUGAUUGCAGUGUCUCGAUGUACCUGUUUCCUUGAUUAUAUAUAGUUCAUCCGGUUUUA